AUGGCUCCAUUCAAAAAGAGAUGGCACAACAAAGAAGCUGAAACUUCAGUUUACGAUGAAUUGAGACGGGAUGAAGUUGGCUACCAAAAGGCUUCUCCUAGAGAUCAAGGACAUGACAAUCACACACCCCAAGAUGCUAUGAGUGACGUGCACCAACUUGGACAAGCUUUAAGCACAAGACCAGAUAUAUUGCCACCUGUAUACUGCCAAGAACUUGCUAAGCUACAGGACCAAAUACCCCCAUUUCCAACUCAUGUUGCUAUCAAAUCUAUUGAGUCCCAGUUGGGUGUUCCUGUUUCACAGCUUUUUGCUGACAUCAGCAAAGAGCCCAUUGCUGCAGCCUCUUUAGGACAGGUGUAUAAAGCUCACCUGCAUUCUGGAGAGCUAGUAGCUGUUAAAGUACAGAGGCCUGGUAUGUCACUUUCAUUGACCCUGGAUGCGCUGUUAUUUCAUAUGAUUGGAGGCCAAUUAAAACGAUUUGCCAAAGCCCAGAAGGAUCUGUUAGUAGCUGUGAAUGAGAUGGCUAUGUGGCAACUUCCUGCAGAACAAGCAGAUAAGUAA